GAGGAGAUGGUGAGCGCGGCAUCCUCGGAGGAUGGAAGAGCAAAAGGGGGAAGAAAAAGAGAAAGAAGGCAAGAACAGAGAUCUUCGCCGCCAGAGCCGGACCCUCCGGGGCCCCCUCGGAGGCCUCUCGGAGCCGGGACACCCGGGGUGCGACGCGGGCGCGGCGCGCAGCAGGGACUCUUGCAAAACUUCACUGAGCUGGGCCAGGCUGGCCCGGCCGAGGAGGGCGGGGCGGGCGGGAGGAGGGACAGCGGGGGGCGGGGCCGGCGCGGCGAGGGGCGGGGUCAGCGCCGAGGCCGUGGGGGCAGCUACGGCGCCGGGCAGCGGGAGCGGCGUCCGCGCCAUGUGGCUGCUGGGGCCGCUGUGCCUGCUGCUGAGCAGCGCCGCGGAGAGCCAGCUGCUUCCAGGGAACAACUUCACCAACGAGUGCAACAUUCCAGGCAACUUCAUGUGCAGCAACGGCAGGUGCAUACCCGGCGCCUGGCAGUGCGACGGGCUGCCCGACUGCUUCGACAAGAGUGACGAGAAGGAGUGCCCCAAGGCUAAGUCGAAAUGUGGCCCCACCUUCUUCCCCUGUGCCAGCGGCAUCCACUGCAUCAUCGGCCGCUUCCGGUGUAACGGGUUUGAGGACUGUCCCGACGGCAGCGACGAAGAGAACUGCACAAACCCUCUGCUUUGCUCCACCGCCCGCUACCACUGCAAGAACGGCCUCUGCAUUGACAAGAGCUUCAUUUGCGAUGGGCAAAAUAACUGUCAAGACAACAGCGACGAAGAAAGCUGUGAAAGUUCUCAAGAACCAGGCAGCGGGCAGGUGUUUGUGACUUCAGAGAACCAGCUCGUGUACUACCCCAGCAUCACCUACGCCAUCAUUGGCAGCUCUGUCAUCUUCGUGCUGGUGGUGGCCCUGCUGGCCCUGGUCCUGCACCACCAGCGGAAGCGGAACAACCUCAUGACGCUGCCAGUGCACCGGCUGCAGCACCCAGUGCUGCUGUCCCGCCUGGUGGUCCUGGACCACCCCCACCGCUGCAACGUCACCUACAACGUCAACAACGGCAUCCAGUAUGUGGCCAGCCAGGCCGAGCAGAACGCGUCCGAGGUGGGCUCCCCACCCUCCUACUCAGAGGCCCUGCUGGACCAAAGACCCGCGUGGUACGACCUCCCUCCGCCGCCCUACUCUUCCGACACCGAGUCUCUGAACCAAGCGGACCUGCCCCCUUACCGCUCCCGGUCCGGCAGUGCUGACAGCGCCAGCUCCCAGGCAGCCAGCAGCCUCCUGAGUGUGGACGACACCGGCCACAGCCCGGGGCACCCUGACCCGCAGGAGGCCACCACUGAGCCCAGGGACUCCGAGCCCAGCCAGGGCACCGAAGAAGUAUAAAAUCCAGUUAUUCCAAAGUCCAUAUGGGUUAAUCUGCUCUGACUUGUUACCAUCCUGGCCACCUGUGCUCACGGGAGGUGCCUCGGGGUGCCUCGAGGAGUGAUUUGGGGUGUCAGCUGUCUCUGCGUUCCUCCUUCCCCAGAUGUCAGCGAUGUUCUUUGGAGGGUGACCUGGUGUCGUCCUGGCCUCUCGAUUGACAUGAUGUAUGGUGCAUCCUUUUGGGGCAGUUACUCUUCCUUCCCAUCCCAGGAUCACAGCGCCCUCUCCGGAUCACUUUUCUGUUACUGUUGGGAUUUUGAUAAGUGGGGGGUGUAAAUUUCCAGGGGAGGGGGGCAGGAGAGUGCAAUACUUAGGUGGUCCUUGCAGAGGCAGUGUUUGUGCCAUAUUGGAUGUUCAGAAGGGCAAGGACCCUGUGGGCUGCUGCUUUAGGGCUUCACUGGGGAUCUGGGUUGGGUGAAUCCAUCAGGAGGCUGUCAUUGGCUGGCCACCCAGGGGAGGAUCAAGAACCUGCCUUGCACCCGGCUAACCAUUGCUCUUGGGUCCCCAGAGCCAGGGGCCAGAGAACACUGUUGCCGUGAGUACCGCCUUUCAGAAGUCAGCAGUGGCCUUUGGUUUUCGGAAGGACUCUGAAACUGGCAACUCUGGACAGAUUCUGGCUUUAACAAUUUGCCCGAGAAUCCUCUUUUGAGAGCUUUCUCCAGCAUCGUAUAUCAUCAGCCUCACCUGAGAACAGGCAGGGAGCGUAUCUGAGUUCCCAACUCCUAAGAUACACAGGCUGCUGAGAGUCUGGGUCUGGUUUGGGCCACCGUCCUUUCCUGGUCUCUGGGGUCGCCCUCCCAGGUGUGACCUGCCUGUGGCCAAGGAAUGAGGACUAAACCUGAGUUGGCCAAAAAUCAGAUCUGGCCCUUUGUCCCUAUAGACUACGCCCAGCCCACCUUGCCAGUUUAUGUGACUUGAGCACUCGCCUCCCGCUCCCCUAACACUCGGAGGUCAUUUUACCUGUGCGUGUGGACCUGAGGACACUGUGGUUUCUAACUCACCUGAGAACGUGACUCAGUACCUCCCACAAGAGCUCCCACUUCCUGGGCUGUACUUGAGGCCCAGGUACCAGCGUCCCCACUGAGGAUUAGGGUUAGGGUCAGAGUGAGGACCAGGCCUCUCUGAACACCCCAUCAUUUCUUCUCUGAGAGACGUGGGUCACAGACAGUUUGGAGUCAAGGUUUGCCAUUUGGACUUCAAAAAAAAAAAAAAAAAAAACUCUUAGAAAUGCAUUUGAAACGGUGUGUUUGUUUUUUCCCUUCUAGUUAAGGGACUAUUUAUAUGUGUAUAGGAAAGCUGUCCUUUUCAUUUGUUUGUGUUCCUACGAGUGAGGUCCCAACAAAGAUGCAAAGGAGAUCUCGCGCCUUUGUCCCACUGAGCGCUGAUGACAAGCCCCCACCUCCAGACUGACCUGAGUGCCAGGCGUCUGUGCAUCACUGCACUUUGAGUUGUUAUUUAUCGAGUUCUUGAAGGAUGCCAGAACGAGGGACGCCUUUCUCCCUCACUUCAUCGUCUCUGAGUUUAUGCCAGCUUCCCUCCUUCUCUGUGCCCAGCCAGCCACAGUGCCCACCCCACCCCCACCCCCACCCCCGGGAAGUCUUGGGUGGAAACUUAGGCGUUAUUCUGCAAGAAACCACACUGACUAAAGGGGGGAGGUGGAGGGGACAAAACUGGAACCAGGUGGAGCCAUUCCGGGCAGCUGUCACCCAGGCAAGGCUGCUUGCCACGUGUUCAGUAACCUCUUUGAUGCGAAUUCAGGUGGAGCCUGCAGGAGGGGGCAUGAAACGGCAUUCAGUGAUCCUGUUCUGUAGACUUUUUUUUUUUUUUUUAAACCAAAUCCAAAGUAUGUUACAGGAAAGCCACUUGCUGUUUGUUUUUUAAGAAAAGGAACCUAGUUGCUCACAUCUUUCAUUUUUAAAAUAACGUGAGUUAUUUUCCUAGUAAUCCAGUGAAGAAAACUUUUGAUGACGUCCAGAGCAUGUUAAGAACUCUGGCCAAAAUGUUUCCUCUCCUGCGAGUUAGAGUGGCUUCCUUUCUCCCUUUGCUGGGCCCCUGCUUCUCUCUGGUGCUCUGGAAGUUGUUUAGAGGAAAGGAUUCUAAUUUUAAUUAAUUGUGCAGUGAAUUAAUCUCACGUGCUUUGCAGCUUCCAGGCAGCUCAGGAAAGACAAAUGGUCUUAGUAGAUAAGGGGAGCCUAUUAAUGUUGUUUUUUAAAACAAACGCAGGGACAUUUUUAUUAUAGAUUUGAUGUUUUUAAAUGGUUGUUUUUAAAA